AUGGCAACCAGAGGCACAGUAGGAACAGAAAUCGCAAUGCCACGACUCAGGCGAUUGACCAACUCCAAGGUUGUUCCAGAGUGGCGCCGGUCCAUUUCAUUUUCGAACGACUUCAAUAACGUGCUACUAGUUGCUUUCUCAUCCCAAUUAGCUUCUGCGAGGGACUUCAGUUUGAACCGUGGCACAGCCAUCGUCUUCUACACCCUGGCUGAGAUCGACGUGUGGUUCGGAAUAGUGAUCCAGAACUGUCUGAGUGGCAAAACUUUGAUGGGUCCCCGUCACUUUCGUUCUUAUCCCAAGAAGUGCGAAAAGGAUGAGCUGCUGCUGCCGCUGCUGAGAUUAAACCACUACUGCCCCUCGAGUCCCAUGAACUGGCCCAUAAGCGGGUCAAUUCUAUCGGAGCGUCUGUCCGCCCCUCCGAUUCUUGUAUUGGACGUUGACGUGACAGGCAUUGCCAUUACCAGAGUCGCUGACGCCUUCACCGUCCUCGUUUUGACUACGGACGAGGGCGAGUUGCUAAAGUACGCCGUGGAAGAGGGUGGAGAGGCUCGACUGAUUAGCUCCAAACAGCUGACGUCGUGGCGAAGACCCCUUCGAGGUCUCACGUUGGACGACCUGGGGCUUGUGGCCUUUGCUAUCUCAGACGAAAAAGUCUAUCGAGUAGAGUUGCAGAACUGCUCGGGGUUGGAGAGUUGUGGGGCCUGUCUGGCGCUGCGCGAUCCCCACUGCGGUUGGUGUCUUGCGGAGGGGGUGUGUACUCACAAGGCUGCCUGUGGCACUCCCUGGCUCUCAUACCGUACCUCUACAUCCAGUUGUCCCAAUAUCACCUUGGUGGAUCCGCCAGGAGUGGACGUCAAUCGGUGGGGAAGCUUGGGGUCAGGAUUGCUUGCGCUCACGCUGAGGCCUAGUGAUAACCUUUGGAUGGCCUUCAAAGAAUCCUUCGCCUUGACGACAGCUGGGUGGUGGAGACAGCAGCAGCGCCUUCUCUGCACCUUCCGCUAUCUCCAUCCUACCGACAGAGGUGAGGAGGUAGACCCAUGGCGUCGCAGAGGACUGCUCUAUGGGCAAACGGAGGCCACUCUCAUCCCCAACUCUAAAGAUCUCAACUGUAACCUUCCUGAAUCUACUAUACUCCCGUCCUUGAGUCAUGGCGAACCGCUUAAGCAGACAUUGGUGUGGUUGGAGAUAGCCGAAUUUUCGGCAACCUCGAAGGGCUCCACUCACCCUCUAGCGGCUCGGCUGUUCACUGUCUACGAUUGUCGACGUUUCACUGAGUGUCAGAUCUGCUUGAGUAGUCGCUUUGACUGUGCAUGGCAUCUCAUCGAGAAUCGGUGUCUCUCCUCUAUCGACUCUCGCAACAGCUAUCUCACUCCGCCAUCACUGAAACUCUCUGAACCUGCAUUCAUCUGUGGCAAACCUGACUGCAGAUGCCCCACAUUUAUUGUUGACCAGGUAAUCACCACAAUCGAAGCUCUGAAGCCAGUCGUAGUAGUUGCAAGCGUCUCCAACAUACCGAUGAUUGUUGAGCGUUUCUCCUGCUCCGAAAACUGCACCGAUCAGUGGAUUCCAGGCAAUUAUAAUCGUACCGCCUCCACUGUUACCUGCACCUUUCCCGGGAUAUCCGUUGCCAAUGUCAUUCGCAGCAGUGAAAAUGGCAUUGAGUUGGAAGAUGUUACUACUUGGCAUCACGACUUGUUGAACUUUGCAAUGCGGGGAGUUGUAAUGUGUGAAAUUAGAAUCCACUGGCACAACGAACAGUUACCCAACCAACCGAAGCUGGGCCAUCCUCUCGUCAAUCCCGAGGCUGCAUCGCUGGAAGUCUUUGAGUGCAGUCGGAUGGCAGCUCAUUGCGACAGCUGCCUAGCGUUACCGCAGCGCUUCGCCUGUGUCUGGUGCUCCAAUGUCUCUACACCCACUACCGACUUAGAGAGUACAAUGGGCUGCUCGCAAGCUGAGCGCUGUCCUCCUUUCGCUCCUGUUGCCUUCUGCCCCAACCCCCGACUUCUCAAGGUCAUACCGGAAAAUGCAACACUCAGUGGUCAGACGGCACUCACCAUCCGUGGCAUUAAUUUGGGAAGCGAGCCAAAAGACUUGGAGAUCGCUGCGGUUUUUGAAGACUCAAGUCUAGGGUCGAUUGCCUGUACCAUUCUACCCAAGGACUUCCAGCCAUCAAGACAGGUUACUUGUCGUCUGCAGCCUAUGUGGCUAAGGACUAAGCAAACAGAGGGUCCGCUCAAAUGCCAUAUUGCUCUUCGCUCGAGAAAGUCACAUGCGCAAACCACUUCCCUUCCCUUUACUUUCUUCUCUCCGAAAAUUGAGAGCUUUAGUCCACAAAAGGGUCCAAUUGCUGGCGGUACAAUGUUAAGAAUCUAUGGUAGAGACCUCAAUGUUGGCGCAUUCGUAACAGUUGUUCUUGUUCUGAGAGUGAUUGGAGAACAGAGUAAUGUGGAAUGCGAAGUAACAUAUGUUUCCGCAGACAUCAUAACAUGUCGAACCAAAGCCGUUGAUCCCACUCUACUACCGUUUGGGUCAGAACCCGAGAGCGGUGCAGAUGAUGGGAUUCCUUCUUCUGUGACCUUGUUUCACGACGAAACUUCAACUAGGGCACUCCUUCAGACAUAUGUAUACAAACCAGAUCCUACAAUCAGAACAGUAUCAAAAUCAUUAGUCUUCUUCAGUGGUGGAACAAAUAUCUACGUGUACGGUCAAAAUCUAGACGUAAUUGAAAGUCCUCAGAUUGUCUUCUACUACAAUGGAAUGGAGUUUGUCGAAGCCUGCCAAUACGAAUACGUGUGCCUUUGCUGUGUGAGUCCAGCCCUCACCCUUGACGAACGCAGCAAAAGGGCUGUUGAGGCUCACUCCACCACGAUUGUUCGUCCCAUCACCAAUCCAUCCAUCAUUCCCAAAAUUCGUUCAUUUGAGCAUGAUGACGAUAAUUCCGAUGAUCUUGGCAAACCAAAUAGCGCCAUUUUCGUACCAUACGGAUUCAUCAUGGACAACGUAACUGAUGUACUCGUGUUUGGUGUAUUUUCGGUCUUCUCGAAUCCUGAAGUCUUUCCAUUUGCCGAAGGUCGUCUUAUAGAGUCGUUUCCACCUCGCGCGUUUUCUGCAGCUUCCAAGGAAACAUCUGUUUCCCCUACAGGCGGAAGGGUAGCAGAAGGGGAUCACUUGGAAUCAAAUAUAAAUUCAGAGAACUCACCAUCUGUACAAGAUCGUCACUUGCUCCGUUUUCAUGGCAACUUUGAAGCUUUGGUCAAUGCAUCAAAUUUGCAGGCUCUUGAAGAGCUCUCAAUAAUCGUCGUCACUGAGAUCUCGGAAAACGAGACUAACAGGACUUGCAAACCAAUAGUUUUGAAGGCUGAUGAAAUUCGUUGUGAAGUAAGCUUGAACGAUCUUAUGGAGGAGAAGGAUUAUCCAAUCAUAAUUCAAUUUGGUAGGUACUUGAGGUUCCGCCCAGGUGUGGUGCAAUUCAAACGUCUUGGAGGAUUGGGUGGACGAGACCGUGCAGUCAUCGUGGCCAGCUCACUGAUGGGCGUCGUCACUCUCGUUGCCUGCCUGUUCCUCGCCAUGUGGUGCCGCUCCAGACGCACCGAGCGCGACCUCGAGAAGCGCUUCCAGAUCCGCUGGGCAGAGCAGGAAAAAUGUGUCGCUCGCGCUUUCAAAAAUGAUUUCAUUGAACUGCAGACACACGUGGAGGAGUUGGUGCAGGAUCUGAACAGGAACAGUCUACCCAUAAGGGACUACCAGACGUACUGCCUCUUUUCUCUCUUUCCUGAGUAUCAUCUGAGUCUAGUGCGGCCCUCCGAUCCACACGAUAUGCCGCCACACACCACUAGACCGCGUUCAGACAGCCUUGAGGAUGUCUCCAGCCCUACUUUGCCUCCUCAUCCUCUGGUCUCCGUCUUUAAGGUACCAGCGAACGUCCAAGAGGUCGCAGAUCGAGGUAUAUUCCUAUUUAACCGACUUCUUCACAAUCAUCACUUCCUCUCCCUCCUUGUCCAUGCGGUCGAGGCUAAUCGGAAUAUCGAUGCGCGCGCUAAGUCUCAAAUAGCCUCACUCCUUUCCAUAAUCCUGCAUCCAGACAUGGAAUACUUCACUCAGAUAAUUCUCUCACUAAUCACCGAUCUUCUACGGAAGUCGCGUGACCAUGGAGGCGACGGUCGACUGUUGACAGCCUUCCGACGAGCCGAGUCGGUGAUUGCGAAAAUGCUCUCCAAUUGGUUCACCUUUCUUCUCUACAACUUUAUCAGGGAGCACGCCGCCGAACACCUUUUCAUUCUCUAUCGUGCACUUCGACAACAGAUCAACACAGGGCCUUGCGACGCCGUUACCGGCCUUGCUCGUUACACCCUCGACGCCGCAACUCUACUCAAAAGCGAUCUACUUUCUCGACCCAUCAUCCUUUUGGUCGUUGAUCCAGAGGGUCUGUUUGGUCCACUCUGCCCCUCAAAUAUGGCAGUGCAUGUGCUCUCCUGCGAUACCGUAACCCAGGCGAAGGAGAAGAUACUGGACGCAAUCUAUCGAAACACACCCUAUAAAAGCCAGCUCCGUCCAACGGAUGUUCAUCUGAAUCCAGGAUCUUUGGAGAAAACUGCCGAUUUGCUCAUGAUGGAUUGGGACUUGGACGUGAGACGGGAUGCUACGAAUGCUUCGAUCGAAGGUCCGCCCUAUCGGCUUAACUGCCUGAGCGAUUAUAAGUACCAGAUUUUAAGAGAGUCAUCUGGGCCACAGAUGACUGAUAACGACGUGGUGGCGCUGGUGCGCGCCAGGGAGCCCUCGCCUCUCACUAACGGAGGCGGCACGUUGCCUGCUGCCGGGUCCAGGAUGGUCUACGGUUGCACAUCUCCCAGUGGGAGCCUCCCUUUGCUCUUACACCAACCAUUAUAUUCAGCAUCCCUCCCCAACAGCCGUCAGCAGACUUCCUUUAACAUGCGCCCCACCGGAGGUCCCAGCGCUCUUCUCUGGUACCACCUUGAAAGGCCCACUAACGUAGACUCGCAGGUGACGGAACGAAGUGGGUGGUCGAGAACAGAGAAGGAGGGGCGGAGCUUGAGCCACCGUCGUCCCAUGUGUUGUCACCCCCGUCCCCACGAAGUGUCCUCCACGUUGCUCUUCAACCCUUCAUCAUCUUCACCACCAAAUCUACCGGCACAACAGCAUCAACCGUGCAGUGGUCUGGACGCGCGUAGUCUACGGCGGUGGCUGGCGGCAGAGACUUCGGACACAAGCACUAAGGAGCGUACGCACACCUGUCAACGACGAAAUCGGCGCUCCUUUCGAAGACCUGGAGGUCAGCGCUCCACAUCUGGGACUGCUUACGAGACAGUUGAGCUAGCCAGCAACUGGAUGGACGAUCCUGACGGCGCUAUAGACCGACCUAUGGCGAAAUUGCCUUGUGAAAUUUUUCUUAAUCGGUUACUUAGGACUCGGACUAUCAUUGUCAUUGAAUCUGUUCGUGAUUCUAAGGUCUCUGUGGCGAAGUAUAUGGAGAGGGUGGUGGAAUUGAUUUUCGGCGCAGUGAUGGGCCCACAAAGCCCACCUCUUUGCAUCAAAUUUCUCUUCGACUUUCUAGACCUGCAGGCUGAAGCACUUGGUAUCCAUGAUCCGGGUGUUCUGCACGCCUGGAAGGCCAACUGUCUCCAUCUGCGAUUUUGGAAUCAGAUUAUAAUCAACUUGGACUACGUCUUUGACAUUCCCCUCUUGCGUAACACGGCUCUUGAGAGGUCGUUCCACUCGUUUAGUCAGGCUAUCACUUACGCCUGCUCCCCCGUGCUUGACAAGGUGACUAUGGACUCACCCAUCAACAAGGCACUCUUUUCCAGUGACAUUGAGCGCCAUUGGCUCACAGUAAAGAAGUACUUUGCCGAAAUCAAGGCAAUGCCAGCUAUUUCACAGCAUGACAUGAAUGUCUCCUUGUGUCAACACUCGAAGAACCACAAGACAGAAUUUAAUGUCUCAUGGGCUUUGUACGAACUCUACACUCGAUACGUUAGCCUCUGCUAUGAUGCCCUCGUUGCGGAGUUAAGACCGGUGGUGACGCGAGAAGUCCCUACUUCGGAUCUCUCCAACGUAAUGGGAAGCAUGGAGAGCUAUCCCCAUGAACAUGGCACCACCAAUUUGCGGGACGACUCCCUUCAGCAUCAGAACGGCAAUUGGAAUUCGCUGUGCUUGCUACAGACUCUGCAGGAGGUCAACACUUGCAUGAUGGCUGUGGCCUGCAGCGACAGCAAAACAAGCAGCAACGACAAGCCCUCCACUUUCACACCACCACCAUCUUCUUCUCAAGCAUCAGUGCUUCAGCCUCAUCACCAGUUAAAUAAUGACGGUGUCCAGUCAACUCUGCGCCCUGUGUUGUCUCAUUUAAAACGGAGGCUGCCUCCACUUCCUACGCCUCCAUGA